GUCAGAUUUAAAGCAAGGCUAGAUACAAAGAAAAAAUAAAGCAUCUGUGCAACAGAUGGACUUCAUCUUCACUGUCUGCACGUGCACACAGUAACACAUAGCAGUCAGCCUGCUUACUUUGAAUGAAAAUGCUGUUGUUUGUUGCUUCCAAAACUUGUUGCUUGAUCCUUAAACACAGCCUGUUUAAGCUCCCCUCUGGCAGAAGACUACAGUUCAUGUGGACCAGAACUUCCCCCCACUAGAACAGUUUCUUUCCCGUACCUAUUAGACUGUUGAACAGUAGAUAUUUGAUUCUGGCAUAACACAGUCACUUUAUCAAUCUGCUACUCACCACUUGCAUACAUAUUUUUGUUUUUCAUAUUCAUAUUUUAUUUCAUUAUUUAUUUUUACAUCAAAACAAUUUCCUAGCCUGCGAACUUGUUUACUGGCAGUGGCAAUAAAAAUGAUUCUGAUUAUGUUCAUUUCCAAAACGCAUUUACUGUCAGUAAUAUGGAUAAAAAUGUAUUUGACAUCUGGGCUCUCUUCUUUCCACUAGGUCAUGUGUCAAACGUGGUUGGCAACGCUCAAUGAUCAUCAUGUCUGCUCCUCAAACUUCAGCUUCAAAGGGUAAAGUGAUGCUAAAAGAAUAUGUUGGACAGUACAUUGAAACUGAACACAUCUUUCGGUGGAUGACCUCCCACCUGGCUCGUCGAAUCAAAACUGUACGUCAGUCUGCACAACUAGUUGAGGAGUGGCACUCUGACCCAGCUCAUCCAAUCAAGAUGUUUCUGUUCACCCAUCUGUCCCAACCUCCUGCCUUCUUCUCCUCGCUGUCUGUUAAGUUCACUGGCAGAAUCGAGUUUAUUUUUGUGGAUGUACGUCACUGGGACAACCGGAGCACCCUCUUAGAUAUUGGUGUGACACAGAGCCCUUCUUACAUACUUAAGAUGCCAGAGGGUAUCUAUCACUAUGGUAACAGUACUGGGGAGUUUCUGUCUCUUGCUGCCAUGGAUACAUUCCUGCGUUCAGUCCAGCCAGAAGUCAAUGACCUGUUUGUCCUCAGCCUGGUACUCAUAAAUUUGCUGGCCUGGAUGGACUUCUUCAUUACACAGGGAGCAACAAUCAAGCGAUUUGUUGUUCUGAUCAGAACACUUGGAACCUACAACUCCAUAUUGCUGGUGUCUUGGCUUCCUGUUUUGGCUCUCAUUCAACUCCCCUAUCUGGACAAACUGUAUUGUUACAGUCUGAAGUUGAUUCGUUAUGCAGACACCACCACAUUCGCAAGCUUAGUUAGGGCUGACUGGACCUUUUACUCAUCCCAUCCAGCUCUCUUUCUGUCCACCUACCUGGCUCAUGGCCUGUUGAUUGACUAUUUUGAGAGGAAACGCCAUUGUGGUACAAGGAACCAAGAGAACUCCACAACCAACCUCGAGUGGCUAGCCAGUCUGUGGGACUGGUACACCUCCUUUCUGCUUCACCCUAUUACAUUAGUGCAACAGUUCCCGUCUGAUCUUUCAGAGUGGGAAGAUGACCCCAGCUUUUUAUUUGAGCGUUUGGCUUUCCCAGAUCUCUGGCUUCACCCACUAGUAAAUGUAGACUACUUAAAAUCUCUUCCAACCUGGAAGGUUAAAACUGUUCUCCAUCAAUGCCAGUCUGUGUCUUGUUUACAUCAAGAUGAUAAACAGGAUAGACUGCCAUCAAACAUAAACUGCCAAGAACUGACAGAUUCCUCACCUCCAAGCAUAAACACACUUCCACACAGUAGUUUAAGCCAAAUAGGAUCUUUGUGCAAUCAGGACAACAGGCUCAAUAUUUUGUGCAGGGACCAAGAUGCCAACAGUAGUCAAUUUGUAAAGUCUGUUUCUCUUUACCCAUCUUGCUAUGGCUACAGAAAUAAAAGCUUCCAAAAAGUUGACAGAUUUCCUGAGGAUGGUAGCAUCAUUCCUGUAGGAGUUUCUGUUACUCAGGUAAAUUGGUCUGGGUGGCCCAAUGACAUGCUUCCUUGUUCAGAGUGUGUGGUGUGCCUUGAGAACUUUGUGAAUGAGGAGCUGCUCAUGGGCCUGCCCUGUGGCCAUGCCUUCCACCAGCAGUGCAUUGUGGUAUGGUUAGCAGGAGGUAAGCACUGGUGCCCACUAUGUCGCUGGCCCAGCUACAAGAAGAAAAACAUUAUAGUUGCACUAAGCACCAUCACUGAAAACACAAUGUAGAACUGAUUCAUUGUUAUAAUUAAACUCUGCAUCUUCUUUGACAAUUGCCAUGUUUUACGGUCACAAUUAAUCAGAUUCAAGGUAGACUGGAGAAGCAAUGAAAAUGCAUUAACGAUCCAUAAUCUUGGUUGGUUUCAUUCCUAGUAAUAUACAGUGCAAUGAUCAUCAUAAGAGCUGAUACAAGCAAGACCCAGGGACAGUGUUCUAUGUAUCAAGGGUUCAUCCUGCAUCACAAAGACAGGAAAAGUAGAAAGACAUUGGUGUAUCUGUUUAGAUUUUAAUGUAUAUUCUGUAUAUUUAUAAGGAAAUCUGCUUCUGGCCAAAAUAAUAAAGAAUAAUCUUCCAGAUGAAAUUUGUCAACAGCA